UGUGAGUGACGCGGUGAGCAGGCGUUCAUCAGUGAUGUGGGAUUACAGCGGCGGAGACGGCAGGGCUUUAUUCCAUUAGAGCCGGGGUUUAACACCGCUUCGGAUCUCCAGCCGUACACUGACAGGGCUGAGGAGCAUAUGGUACCCGGAUAAAGAUAGCUUGCCGUGUUCCACUCGCUUUAGUGAAGCAAAGCUGCGGCCAUCUCCCAGCAUGGCGAAAGUGUGGCAAGCGUUCUGCCGCACCAAGACCACCACCACCCGAGACCUGAAGGACACGGAGUUGUCCCGGUGCCUCGGGGUGUUCGACCUGACGGCCCUCGGGAUCGGCAGCACCCUCGGGGCUGGGAUAUACGUGCUGGCUGGGCAGGUGGCCAGACUGCAGGCCGGACCAGGCGUGGUGCUGUCAUUCCUCAUCGCUGCGCUGGCCUCGCUGCUGUCAGGCCUGUGCUAUGCGGAGUUCGCGGCCCGGGUACCCAAGGCCGGGUCUGCGUACGUGUACGGCUACCUGGCUGUGGGCGAGUUCUGGGCCUUCGUGAUUGGAUGGAACAUGGUUCUGGAGGACAUGAUUGGUGCAGCCUCCGUCGCUAAGGCCUGGUCACAGUACUUCGACUCUUUCUUCAACGACUCCAUCAGACUGACCGUAGAGCAUGAGAUCGGGACCCUACACAAGGCGCCUGGCCUGGGAACCUACCCGGACAUCAUAGCCUUCAUCCUGCUACUGCUCAUGACGGGUGUGAUUGCCAGCGGAGUGAAGCAGACGUCCAUCACUAACAUCAUCUUCACGGUGGUGAACAUGUUGGUGAUCCUGUGUAUCGUGGUUGUGGGCUGUUUCUACGUCAACGUACAGAACUGGGCAGGCGAGGAGAACUUCCUACCGUACGGAUUCUCCGGGGUUCUUUCUGGCGCGGCCACCUGCUUCUACGCCUUUGUGGGCUUCGACAUCAUAGCGACCUCUAGCGAGGAGGCGCGGAACCCCAGUAAGAGCAUCCCCACGGCCAUCCUGCUGACGUUGGUGACGUGUUUCCUGGCGUACUUUAGCGUGUCCGCCAUCCUGACGCUGAUGGAGCCGUACAGCCAGAUCGCCAGCACCGCCCCGCUGUCCCGGGCGUUCGACCAGCACGGGCUCUACUCCGUCGGGUACAUCAUUUCCGUUGGGGCCAUUUGUGGCCUAACGGCCUCCACCCUGGGUUCCCUGUUCCCCCUGCCCCGUAUCGUCUACACCAUGGCCAAGGACGGGCUGCUGUGUGAGGUGUUCGCCCGGGUGAACCCCACUACCUCCGUGCCGGUGGUGGCCACGCUGGUGUCCGGCUCCCUGGCGGCGGUCCUGUCCUUGGUGCUAGAUCUGCAGCAGUUGGUGGAAAUCAUGUCCAUCGGCACGCUCAUGGCCUACACACUGGUGGCAGCGUCUGUCCUGAUCAUGCGCUAUCAGCCGGGCAGAAUCGGUCUCACCAAGGACGAGUCCGCCUAUUUCCCGACAUCCUCCGAGAAGACAGGGUUACUCUCCACUGGCACCGCGAGUAACGGCACGAACGGGAAACCCAAGCCUGGACUGUCCAAGUUCUUCAAACCCAAGGACUCUACCGGCUUCGUGCUGAUGGAGACAGACGGGGGACAGGAGACUCCCAAGGAGCAACAACAACAACAAGGUACGACAGCUCUAACGGACUCAGAGGCGCCCUCUGGCAGCUACCAGCCCCUAGACGUGACGGAGUCCGUGCCGGACCCCCGGCCGGAGCCGACCCCGCACACGGGCCAGCUGGUGUCCUGGUCCGUCCACAUCAUCGUCAUCCUCAUGGUUCUCACCAGCGCAACGCUCAUCUUUGCACAGGACUAUGUGUACAACAGAGCUUGGUGGGCACUACUGAUCAUCUGUGUGCUGGUCUCCGCCAUCUUGAGCCUGUGCGGGUUCAUCUGGCGCCAGCCGCAGAGCCGCAUGCGGCUGCCCUUCAAGGUGCGGGGCUGCGUGGUGGUCUGCCCCGUCUCCAUGUUCGUCAACAUCUACCUGAUGCUCAAACUCAAGCCCGCCACCUGGAUCCGAUUCGCCAUAUGGCUGGCCAUAGGUCUGGCUGUGUACCUUGGUUAUGGGACACGUCACAGCUUGGAAGCCCGCCGGGCUGAGGAGAAGGGCGUGUCUCCUCUUCCUGACGUCAUUUCCGCACCCAAACAUGAGCCCAUACCGGAAGACACUGACCAGAAAGAGUCAUGACGUCAUAGAUUGCCAAAGGACCAAAGGCUGUUGUACAAAAUGUAAUGACAACGAAACCAGAAAGACUACAGAAAGAAAGAAAGGUUGAUAUGGGAUUUUCUAAAUACCCAAGUAUUAAACUUCCAAGCUCUAUUACUCGUAGUUUGUUGUCUUGUCCAAAAAAGAAAAGGAUUAUUUGUGGUCACAUUGGCAGAGGCCUGUAGAAAAUCCUGUGUUGUGUACAAAGGACUUACAUAUCAGACAUUUUAGCCUUAAAAGUGUAAGGGCCUGACAAAUGGGAAUUAACAUGAUACCUCCGUGGUCAACCUUGACAAGCUUCGAUGUUCUUUUGUUUUUCUGCUGGUUAGCAAGUCUUAGAACUAGGUGGAUGUACAGAAUUAACACAAGGCAUAUCAAAUUUCUCAUAUUACUGCAUUUUGUGCAACUGUUUAGUGACCAUGUUUGUACUGGACCAAUGCAGUUUUUUUGGGGGGCCGCUAUGAUUAUGUGCCAGUAAUAUGUGUCCGGUGUGCAUUUUUCCUGUCUAACUCUAAUGCAACAAAAUGUAAACAAAAUGUGAGCUUCAAUGCUUCUAUGGCAUACAUUUGUGUACCCAAGGAACAUAGGAUACACGUUUGCCCAAGAUAUAUGGUUAGAUCGGAAGCUGGGUAAAAUUUCUAAGACCGGCAUUCAAAGCAAAUAUGAGAAGUACCAAAAGUUUUGAAUGCUUCAUGUAAAGAUGUUGUAAAUGUAUGAAUAAAGAUAUA